AUGGGAGUUACCCUGUCGCCUCCUGCUACGGUAGACAGUGAGGCUGCUAGUCAAUCAGAGUUCCUAGUUUUGGAGUGUCAAAUAUGUGAAUUAAGUCCAGAUGCACUUCUCAGUCAACAUGGAAGAAGGUUGAAAAAGCGAACGGUUGGUGAUACCUCCAAAUGUUCAAUUGCAAAGGCGCUUUGGACAUUGCACAAGGUGAACAUCAAGAGUUUACUGAAAGCAAUUGUUUAUGAGUAUCUAGUCUAUGAACACGAGGACGAGAAAAAGGGCGAGCAAAAGGACAAGCAAAAGGACAAGCAAAAGGACAAGCAAAUGCACAAGCAAAUGCACAAGCAAAUAGACAAGCAAAUGCACAAGCAGAUAGACAAGCAAAUGGACAAGCAAAAGGACAAGCAAAAGGACAAGCAAAUAGACAAGCAAAUGCACAAGCAAAUGGACAAGCAAAUGCACAAGCAAGAGGACAAGCAAAAGAACAAGCAAAAGGACAAGCAAAUGCACAAGCAGAUAGACAAGCAAAUGGACAAGCAAAAGGACAAGCAAAAGGACAAGCAAAAGGACAAGCAAAAGGACAAGCAAAAGGACAAGCAAAUGCACAAGCUGCAGACGGACCUGCAGGGACUGCUGGACAAGAAAGCGGCGAUUCAGACAUACGAGCGUCGCAUUGAACAGAAUCUCCCGGUCAGGGACGGGGACGGACCUGUGCCAUUGACCAAGUCAGAAAAAGACCACUUGCUUCGGUCUCACUCAACGGUGCCAGUUCAAGUGAAAAACGUCCUUUUAAAUGUGUUCGUCCAAUUUGAAAGGCGCGAGGAUAGAAGCAUGACUUUCAUCUGCGUCUGUAGAAAGCCAUUCCUGACAAGGGAUAGCCUGAGCAAGCAUUACAAGCGGGUCUGCGCCCACUCCAACAUCCCAACCAACGUUCCUGGGCUUCACCUUAUUGACAGCGCUCAAGUUCUCCCAGAGGGUUUGGAGGUCGUCAUUGCCUCAGGUACAUCUGAUGACGAGGUUGAUCAGGGGAACGAAAAAGACGACGAGGUUGAUCAGGGGAACGAAAAAGGCGACGAGGCGCUUAGCAGCAGCAAUGCACUCAUAUUCAACAAUAACGAUAUUUCGGGUACUUCAAUGACAUUUGAUUCAGGAAGAGUGGUUGGUGUAACUAUCCGAGAGUUCAUGCAGAUCUUGGCCAUUGCAAAUUUUCAACAGCAACAAGCACUGCAACAAGCACAGCAACUAGCACAGCAACAAGCACAGCACAUGCAAAUCAUGGCGUUUCAAGAGGAACAGCGCAUGCAAACCAUGGCGUUUCAAGAGGAACAACGCACGCUGAUGGCGGCCAUAGAGCAACGGAUCCUGGGCCCUAUUACCCAGAUGGCAGCAGGUCAAGGGCAGGGACAAGCUGCGCAAGCUGCUUCUGCUUCUGACUGUGAUAGUAUCCUAGGCUAA